CUGCGGUCUCAUCUUCCUUCGGGUGUCUCUACUAGACUUCACCCAUCAACGGCCACCCACACGUAGCUCCCAUCAGUCAUACAACAUAUACCACUAUCCAAAAUAACCAUAACCUCACAACCAUGGCACCGAUAACACCAACCUCAAACACCCUCUCGGCCCUCGCCGCAGGUCUCACAAAACGCCACCCAUCAGACUUCCUCCCGCCAACAAGAACCCUCCCCUCCCCCCUCCGCGCCAUCCUCGCCUCCCGCCAAGUCGUCACGACAAUCACCUCGACCCCCGAGACGACAGAAGAGUCCGCCUCCAACAACAACCUCAGCGGGGGCGCCAUCGCCGGCAUCGUCAUCGGCUCCAUCGCCGGCUUCCUCCUCCUGCUGUGGAUCGUCAAGUCGUGCGGUAUGUGGAGCCGGCCCAACGACUGGUCCGAGAAGGACGAGUACGACGAGCGCAGCCGCCAUUACCGCGGCCGAUCGCCCGGCGCAAGGCACCGCAGACGUACGCAGCACCGGUACCACCACGAGACCUCGAGGCACAGCCAUAGCCGGCGCCCGUCGUAUGUGGUUGACGAGGUUCGGUACACGCAGCCUGUUGUCGUUGACAAGAGGAGGAGGGCUAGCGGGUCGCCUUUGCCGCCUGCGAAUGUAUAUCGUAGCAGUCGCAGCAGGACGAGAUACUAGAUAUGAAGGAAGGAG